AUAUCCUCCCCCACGACUUGUACCUUUUUCGAAAAAUAAAAAAAACCCACUCCCAGAAGAUCAAAAGCAGCACCCUUACUCAGAAAUCUCCACGCGAAUAUUCCCAACCAAAUUCUUUCUUUUAAAUACUUAACCAGUCCUUUCUUUCUUUGAGCUUCUCAUCAAAGGAUUUCUUUCCCUCGUCAAGCUUUAAUCAAAGGGGAAGGAAACCGCAUAGAAAUAGGACAAACACUUCUUAGAAAAAAAAAAAUCUCUGGAUCUUACUCGGAAAAUGUCAGUUUUUGUGAGAGCCAAGCGAGUCACUGAUCCUCUCGACGAUAAGGCCAAAGCUCGACUCGUUGGCGCCCAACUCAGUUAUGUCAGCAGCGGGAGUGAACAUUCCACCGACGAUUCCCCUUGCCUCUCUAAACUCGUUCACGGCUUUCUCGAGGAUGAUUCCGAUACUCAAUCCUUGGGGUACGAGUCUGAUUCCGAUCAAGAUGACUCCGUCGCCGAUUGUACUGACUUCGUUGAAGACAUUGUCGGAUCAGCUACUGGAAGCAGUACGGAUUCGUAUAAAAAUAUGAUGUUAGCUAACGUUUUGAAAGCCAUGGAAAUGUUUUCGUGUUUGCGAAAUCAAAAACCUGUUUUCAGGCGGAAAGUGAUGUCAUUUCUGAGAGAAUUAGGACACAAUGCAGGGAUUUGCAAGACCAAGUGGAACUCCUCCGGGGGCUUAACGGCAGGGAGCUACGAGUUCAUCGACGUGGUCCAGUCGUCCUCCACCUGGCAAAACCGGUACAUCAUCGAUCUUGACUUCGCUUCACAAUUCGAGAUCGCGAGGCCUACGAGUCAAUAUUUGAAGCCCUUGCAGUCUCUGCCUAGGGUUUUUGUAGGAAGAAAUGAGGAGCUGAAGAUAAUCAUCAAAGCCAUGUGUGACGCGGCGAGAAGAUCAUUGAAGAGCAAGAACCUCUCACUUCCUCCUUGGAGAAAAAAUCGUUACAUGCAAAACAAAUGGCUGGGUCCCUACCGUCGGACGACCAAUCCAACCCCGGCGAGCUCGUUAACUUCGGUUAUCCACCCCGUUAAUGGAGUGACAUGUAGGCUUGUUGGGUUCGACGACGGCGUGAGUGGCCGUUUGUUUGUCCGAACGAGAUGAUUAUAGCCGUCAAUAUUCAAACCAUGAUCAAUUGUUAUGUAAAACAACGAAUUGUGAAUACUUUCGCAAUUAUCUGUCCUUGCCUUUUUUUUUCAAAA